GGCACACACGCGGGGAGCAGGCAAGUCUCGUCACCGUCACCGGCCGGAGAUCUCUCCGUGCCUGCCUAAUAUAUAUAGCACCCACCGAACCGAAUGUCAAUGUGUCAUCGAUCUAUCCCUCGCCUGAGAAAUAGAAUACAUACACAACCAAGAUCGUCAAUCGGAUCUAAUCUCGCCGCUCCUCCGGCCAGCCAUGGGACGCAGAGGAGGAGGAGGGGGGGGGGGGGCGCUCCGGUCCGCGCCUCGCGCCAGGACCCCGCCCACGAAGCCGGCGCCCAAGGCCCCGGCUCCGGUACCGGCAUCCGCCGGCGGCCACAGUAACGUCAUUUCGGCCCUGGCAUACAACAUCGUCGACGGUAUCACCCGGGGCGCCGGCAACGCCAUGGGCCACAGGUUCGUCGAGUUCUUUGCCGGGCCACGCACCAUCCAGGUCGUCUCCUCCGAGCCCCAGGCCGCCACCGCCGCCGAUUCGUCCCUCGACUCGUGCGGCGCCCACAACAAGGCCUUCGCCAAUUGCCUCAACCACUCCCAAAGCGACAUCAGCCGGUGCCAGUUCUACCUUGACUUGCUCAACCAGUGCCACCGCGGGUCCAGUAACGCCGGCCUCGCCGCCGCCACCACCAUCUCUUAGAGACCGAGAUCUCGGCUCAAUCGGUCGCCUAGUUUUUAGUUUAUAUCGGUUUAUCUACCAAGAUUAAUUCCUGUUGCUAGUCAUGGUAUUUGUAGUAGUAAUAGCCAUCUCGUCGACUUAUAAUCAUCCUCGUCUCCUUAUGAAUGAACGAUUACUUAGAGAUUGAUUCAUUUGCUCUGUUUUUACUCAGAGAUUGAUUGAUACCAAUGGGGAGCUGCCGACACGGCCAUGCUCCACCCACACAACAUAUUAGUUAUUUUGUCGGCCAGUGAAAAUUAUACAUGUGAACUUUUGUACUCUCCCUCUCUCUUUUUUGAGCAGAGAUAUUAAAACCAAUAAGGGCCAAAGGAAGAUGCGAAGACUGGGCUAUCCAUGUGGCGAACUGGAAGAAAAGAAGAACAUAUCUCUUUUCAAAUUACAAUAUCAAAAGUAGCAUAUAAUUUAGUUUAUUACAUAGUUCUGAAAGAUUUAUGCCAAGCCAUCAUUGGAUAACCCCGCAGGGUUCAUGGUUGUUGCAUAGGCCAAGAGCUACUCGGAACUUUACAACGGUGGUAGGAAAAUCCAUCCUUACAUAAGAGAAACCGCAUCUUUAUUACA